UUUGCAGUGAUUGCUGGGUUGCAGCCAUGACCCUUCAUACAGGCUUCUCCACAGCAUGAUUAACACUUCAAAUUAGGAGUACUCUUCCAUGCACAAGAAAAGGGUCAGAAUCACAAUCUGAAGGAGACUACCUCUGCAGCUAAACUGAUUUAGCAUCAGACCGCAUCCUGUUUCACAAAAAGCAUUCUAGGAGCUGUGAGGCACCAGCCAUGCUCCCUUCCCAGACUCUCCUGCACACUGCAGUGCUCGCACUCGCAGUCCUUCAGGCCCUUGCCUCUGACACCUUCAUUGCAGCCGUCUACGAGCACGCAGUCAUCCUGCCAGAUGCCGCUGCUGAACCUGUUUCUCCUGAGGAUGCUUUGGCCCUGAUGAACAGAAACAUGGAUGUCUUGGAAGAGGCCAUCAAGGAAGCUGCCCAGCAGGGCGCCCACAUCAUUGUGACUCCUGAAGACGGCAUUUAUGGCUGGCGUUUCACGAGAGAAACCAUCUACCCCUACCUGGAGGAUAUCCCUGAUCCAGCAGUGAACUGGAUUCCCUGCACCGAUCCCACAAGAUUUGCUCCAACACCAGUGCAGGAACGACUCAGCUGUAUGGCUAGGAAUAACUCCAUCUAUGUGGUUGCAAACAUCGGGGACAAGAAGCCAUGUAACUCCAGUGAUCCCGGCUGCCCCAGUGAUGGUCACUAUCAGUACAAUACCAACGUCGUCUUUGACUCAGAGGGGAAACUGGUGGCUCGUUACCACAAGUAUAAUCUAUUUAUGUCAGAAAUUCAGUUUAAUUAUCCAAAAGAGCCAGAAGCCAUCACCUUUGAGACCCCCUUCGGAAAGUUUGGCAUUUUCACUUGCUUUGACAUCCUCUUCCGUGAGCCUGCUGUGGUCCUGGUGAGCGAGUUGCAGGUGGACACCGUGCUUUUCCCCACAGCUUGGAUGAACGUCCUGCCAUUUCUGACUGCUGUUGAGUUUCACUCUGCCUGGGCUAUUGGCAUGGGUGUCAACUUCUUAGCUGCUGAUACACACUACACCAACAUGUCUAUGACAGGAAGCGGUAUUUAUGCACCAGAUGGAGCCAGAACAUACUACUACAAUAUGAAAACUGAGGAUGGUCGCCUCCUUGUUGCUGAACUAGACUCACACCCUCGCCCUUCUCCUGCCUCCCUGCCCGCUGUCAACUGGAGCUCAUAUGCUUUGAGUGUUGGAAGAUUCUCACCAAAUGACUAUGAUUUCGGAGGACUCAUCUUCCAUGACUGGUUCACUUUCACUGAACUCACUAAGCGUGAGGGGAAUUUCACUGUUUGCCAGAAGGACCUCUGCUGUCAUUUGAGCUACAAGAUGGCAGGGAAACAGGAAGAUGAACUUUAUGUUCUGGGUGCUUUUGAUGGGCUUCAUGUUGUUGAAGGACAGUACUAUCUGCAGAUAUGCACGCUGCUCAAAUGCAAGAGCACAGAUCCCAGCACGUGUGGGCAGCCAGUGGAGAUGGCUCAGACCAAGUUUGAGAGGUUCUCCCUCAGUGGCACAUUUGGCACCAACUAUGUCUUUCCAGAAGUCUUGUACAGUGGGGUGCAGCUGGCCCCCGGGGAGUUUGAGGUAUUGAAUGAUGGCCGCUUGAUAAGUAAGACAGGACCAACAAAACCAGUUGUCACUGUGACGCUUUUUGGACGAUGGUAUGAAAAGGAUCAUCUGAAACAAGAUCCACAACCUCCAACCUUCCCAUAAUAUUACCAUAAGUGAAGCUGCAUACUACUAAUCUUAUGUCCAAAUGAGAUACAGCAUCCUCUAGUAUAACAAUUCCAAUUCUGUUUUUUAUUUUCCAGCUACACAAACUUCUUAUCAAUGUACUUUGUUUAGUAGUCAUUCAGCAAUACGAUUUUAUUGCUCCCAUUUAUUGAGAAG